AAGGCGCUGGAUGAAGAAGGGAAUGUAAAGGCAGGAAGGAGGAGAAGAAGAAGAACGGCGAGCAAGUCUUCUUUGGUCCAGUCCAGAGGGCGAGGAGAAGAUCCAGUAGACGGAGGCUGACCUCUGACCUCCUCCUCCGCCCUUUGACCUCCUCCAAGUCAGACAUGUACGGACUAAAGACGCCACACUUCUACCUCCAAGGCAUGAGCCAUGAGUCCACCAAGUCUCCAUCAUUAGGAAUGGUCUCCACGGCGACGAGAACCACGGCCACCGUCAGUCCCCUCAGCCCACUGACCAAUGGGAGCGCGCUCGCCCAGUCUGCCAACUCAGGAUUCGCCGCCGCCCUGCGCAAACUGGCCAAACAGGCAGAGGACCCCCGAGGUUCCGCCCACAGCGGCGAGUCGUCGCCCGCCUCCUCGCCAGCAACCAGCCACAGCUCGCCGGUCACCACCCCUAAACGGGCGUCCCUGGGGCCCCUCCUAGCUCAGUCCAGGAGCCACCCUGCUGUACCCAGCGCCCCCCCCGUGGUCACCAUUGCACCCACCAAGACCAGCAACGGCCUGUGGAGGGCAGACGGACGACUGGCCGAGCCCAGCGUCCACAGGCCGGGCAGGGCGGAGCGAGCGGUCACCUCCGCAGAGACCGCCCAUCCCCAGCAGGACAGGAGGACCCCGCCCGUCGCCCAGCUUCACCCGCUGGCGCACCCCUUUGGCCUCACCCCCAGCUCCGUCAUGCAAGACCCGCGCAUGCAGAGCCUCAGUCUACCUGGGCAGAUGCACCCUGCCGUCCCCUCGGGCGCCGUCCCCGAGGAGUACCUGAGAGCGCUGCGGCCCUUCGCCACACCAGACGACCUGAGGCUGACGUCCGUGCCGCUGAAUCUGGACCCUGGCCUCGCCGCUCACGCCGCCGCCGCCGCCGCCUACUACCACCACCCGGCCUUCAUGCACCACCGCCUGUCUCUGCCCAGGAUGGAGGAGUCCUUGUGCAUGUCGGCGUUGCGCUCGCAGUUUUACUCCGUGCCUGCGGGGGGAGCCUUCCCUUCCCUCCAUCCCUCUGGCCUGCACCUACACCUGCCUGGAGGUCGCUACCCUGGAGAGAUGAACCACAGCGUGCUGGUCGAGAGGCUGCAGAUGGAGAACGAGCUCCGCCAGCGCGAGAGGGAGCACGAGCGCGAGCGGGAGAAGGAGAGGGAGCGCGAGGAGAAGGAGAGGGAGGAGCUGCUGGACAGACAGAAGGAGAGGCAGAGGGAGAGGCAGCAGCACAUGGUCCGGGCGGCCGAGAGCCACGCCUACCUGGCCGAGGUGGCGGCUCGCAGGGCACCGCUGGAGGACAGGCCCCGGCCGGGCGAGAGGCUGACCCCCAACAGACCCGAUAAACCUAAGGAGGCGGAGCCCCAAGGUUUCCCAGCACAUAAACCCCUCCCCUUGAACUUCCACCCCUCCAGGGGCUCCGUCCCGCACCCCUUGCCCAGCCUGGUGCCCUCUCACCUGGGUAAGCACCACGCUCCGCCUGGGGGUGGCAUCCACGGGGCCCUGGCGUCGGCCAUGAUGUCUCAGAGGGCCAACGAGGAGGCGUGGCUCGCACGGCAGCGAGGACCCGAGCGGGAGGGGCCGACGGAGGCGAAGGAGCCUCGGAAAGACAGCCAUAGAACAGCCCACCAUCACCAUAGCAACAAAGAUGGAGGACCUGCCCUCGGUGCCCCCCCUCCUCUCAUCUCCCCCAAAGCUGCUCUCGCUCCUCCAACCACGCUCUGGAACCCGGCCUCCCUCGUGGACUCCGCCGCCGAUUCCCGUCGAAAAGCCAACCCGCCUAACCGACCUCCCCCGGGUCUGACCAGGGCCGACCGACCCCACCUGAGCUGGGGCGACAAGACGGAGGACGGCUCCAGGAGGAGGACGGAGGCCCCCGAGCGAUGCUUGCCGGCGAGAGGAGGCGGCUCCCAGGACCUCCUCCUCCGGCGCCAUCACGCCAACAACAACAACCUCCACCUGACACUGUGCACACCUCUGUCUGACCCCGCCUCGCGUCACGUGACCCCGGCCGAGCGCAGGGACGGCUCGCUGGUGUACGACCAAGUCCUCCAGCAGCAUCGCAGACUCCUCAGCAAGCUGGACAUGGAGGAGAGGAGGAGGAAGGAGGCGCGGGAAGGAGGCUACUACUACGACUUGAACGAGUCGUACGACGAGAGCGACGAGGAGGAAGUCAAAGCCCACCUGAGGAGAGUGACGGAACAACCGGCGCUCAAACUGGACACUUCCUCUGAGAAGGUGGACUUCCUGCACACGUGCGGCCUGGUCCCGCUGGCCCGCUGCGACGAGAUCCUGCAGCGCAAGAAGAGGAAGAGGAGGAGGAUGCUAAGGGAGCGAAGCCCCUCCCCGCCGGCCGUGCAGGGCAAGAAGAAGGCCUCGCCGGCGCCGCUCACCACGCCGUACACGGCGGAGCAGAUGGACGGCGCCCCCGAGCUGCCGGAGAAGAAGGACUUCCUCCGCAUGUUCAAGCUCACCCACGUCAGCCCCAAGCAGAGAAGAGAUAAGGAGAAGACGGAAGGGCUGCUGAAGGCCGUGCAGAAGAACAUUGUGACGCUGGACACGCUCAGAUACAACUCUGCACCGCAGUGUAGCAGCCCGCUUGGGACAACAGGGGAGUCCUCGUCAGCCCCGCCCACCUCCUGUCAGUCAAACGGACAUCUUUACCCCGACUCCCCCAGCCCCUCCCCUCCCUACGUACACAAACAGAAGCACAAGCAGCCCACCGGGUGGGCGCCGCCGCCCUCGGCCCCCCGUGGGGAAAAGGCGGCGUUCACAGAACCCAACAAGAAGCACCAGCUGGUCCACAACGGCCACGUAGCAGUCGCCCCUCUGAAGAAGGAACCGGGUCCAGGCCAGAACGGUCGAGUCAGACCCUGGGAGAGGUUCACACCCGAGGCCUUCGCUCAGCACUUCCACCAGGCCGUGCUGCAGUCCACGCACCACAAAGGAGUGCCAAGUUGGCUCCCCGAGGCGUGCGUCAAGGCUGAGGCGUCUCCGAUCAAAGCGCCGCACGCUAACCACACCCCUCCGCACGCGCCCGCCACUAACGGCCAUCACCUCCAUUUUCCCCGAGCCAAUCGGGAUGCAGCGUCUCCACGGGAACACUUGACUGAUGAUGAUGAUGAUGAUGACGAGGUGGAGGAAGACGACUCAUCUGGGCAGGAGGAAGAUGAGUUGGAGGCUCCAAGGAAAUGGAAAGGCAUUGAAGCCAUUUUUGAGGCCUAUCAGGAGUAUGUGGAUGACCGCGGCGUGGAGAGGCAGGUUCUUCACAAUCAGUGUAAAAGACUCGAGGCGCAGAACUUCAACCUGACCAGAACUGCCGAGCAACUUUCUAACACCAUGGCGGAGUUGGUGAGUCAGAGACGGCGGGCGCGGGAGGAGCGGGACAGACUUCAGGCCCAGCUGGAGCACUUCAGGAGGUGUCUCACACUACCCAGCAUGCACUGGGGCCGGGGGCAGGUCAACGGGCACGCGCCCAGGUGACCUCAGGUGCCCCCCUC